GUAUGGCAACGAGAAAGGGAAGAUGACGGGGAGGACGACUACGCUGGUAGUGGCGGGUAAGAUGUAGGAAAGGAGGAGGGGAAGGAGUUUAAUACAGGAGAAAGACGAAGUAAUAAGAAUUCGACAGAGAGUUAGCUGGAUGAUGUCGAGGAGGAGGAGAUGAGAUGGAGACCGGUGAUUGUGAAGAUAGCGUCGAUGGUGUUGGUAACGAUGAUGAUGAUGAGUAGGAGUGUAAGAUCUCAUUAUAACGAUGAUGAUGAUGAUGAUGAUGAUGAUGACGAGGAGGAGGAGGAGGAGGAGGAGGAGGAGGAGGAGGAGGAGGAGGAGGGGAUAACUGAGAAGGUGGAAGGUCAGAAGAAGAAGAAGAAGAAGAAGAAGGACCGAAAGGGGCCGAGGAGAAGGUGGAGAUUGAGAGGUGGGGCAGAGGAAGAUCCUGCUGCCCUGAUCCGGUGUCCAGGCACCAACUUGCAGGUGCAAGGUUGCCGCCUUGGAGCUGCUGAAGACUCGCCCUUGCUGCUGGAGCUAUGGCACUCACAGAUGACCCAGCUCGGUUCUGAGUGCCAUCACUUGGUUGCUGAGCGUCGCGGGAGCCUCGAACUGGCCCACCUCACCAAUCAAGCUGAUGAUGUGAUCAAUUCGCUGAGUGGUGGUGGCGGCUGUACUUUUGAUCGCUGCCACGCGGGCCCCAUUGCUGGCCGGCUGCUGAUGAACCUAUUGGCGCAGCUGCUGGUGCAUGGGCCUGCGCUUCAACCGUACUCAGGCGUACGGUUUUUCAAAAUGGCUCACACAUGGCGAGAUGAGGGGCAGCGGUUGCUGAAGAGAAGGCUGGUUGGCUGUGCUGGGGUUCCGUCCUCGGUUUUGGAGGAGGGUCAGCCUGGAUUGGCGAGGUUUUUGGAGGCACAUCCAGAGCGAGUAGCAGAAGUCGUCCCAGCACUGUUUCCGAUCAGCGAGGAAGCUACUGAGGCACCAGAUGUGACUGAGGGAAUUCUUCUUGAGAAGUACAAGGAAUCGAUGAGAUGGGUAGAUUGGGCAAUGUGUGGAAGUGAACCCGAGGUGGUUCUUGUAGAGGUUGCUGAAGCCAUUAAUGGUAACACUAGGGGUGUGUGUGGGGCGGUAUGGGGGCACAGAGACAUCGCUUACCGAUGCAAGGACUGUGAGAGCGAUCCCACUUGUGCGAUCUGUGUACCCUGCUUCCUGGCCGGAAAUCAUGAAGGUCAUGAUUACACGAUUAUUAGGACAUGGAGAGGAUGCUGCGACUGUGGGGAUCCAACGGCAUGGAGGGAGGCCGGAUUCUGUAGGAAUCAUAAAGGACCGGGGAAGGCACCACCUUUGCCAGAGUGCUUUGAGAAGCGGGCAAGGCCAGUGCUCGAGGCUGUUGUCCAAGAGUGGGUGCGUAGGCUUGAACCUGUGAUUGCAGAGGGUAGGGAGGAGGGGGCUGAUGAGAGCUCGUCAAGUAGGGAGAGGAGGAGCGCAGAGGCGAUGUCCCGUGCUGUUGCAGCGGACCUGGUCAAGAUCUGUGGAAAGGGGGAAUCGCUAAGCCGGCUGGUCGCCAGCGUUACAGGAGAUGUAAGAUGGAAGCUUCUAGAUGCAAUCCUAAGGUAUGAGAACGCACUUGGUAGGCCGAUGGUCAGGCAUGUGUAUGACCUGCUGUACAAGUUGCUGGGUGACCCAGGCUUUAAGGAAGCUUUCGCAAGGGUCUUCGUUGAUCUAUAUCCCAUGUUUCGGUUGGAUAGCACGUACGAUGAUCCCAUCUUCCAAUCGGAUGGUGGAUAUGAUGAACCACGAUUGGGUGCAUUGCCGCCUCUGUGCACAUUCAACAUCUUCUCUGUCCAAAUCUUCACCGUACCACCUUUGGUGAUUCAGUUGGUGAAGGAAGGCCUUCUUAAGAUGCUGCUCAACACACUCGUGAGCGCACUGACAUCUUCCUGGCGAGAGGAUGGAAGAAUCGAGAGCAAGGAGGAUAUUCGCCAUCGUCAUGUGUUGGAGGAUCUGCGUUACGUGCUAACUCACCUAGAAGCCGCUGUUUAUGCUACUCAUCACCGUCCAGAUCUGGCAGAAAAAUGGAUUCAGAUCUUGGCGUAUGCACAGGGUAAGGGGGGACAAGUCCGGUUAACCGCUCAGCAUGUGGAGAUAGAUACGGAGGAAUGGCGCAGGUACUUCGAUAUAGAGGUGCUGCUUGGGAUAAUCACUCCGUUGAUUGUCCAAGCUGCCAAUGCUGAAUGCACAGAGGCUUGCAUGGCAGGAGAGAGCCUUCAGGAGGCUCCUCCAGGGCAGGGCGAUGUGGAGAUGGCAGAAGUCCAUUUUGCGCGAUCAGAUUCGGAGGUGUUUAGCAUGCAUGUGGAGAAGGUGGUGCUGAGCGAUGGUCUGAGCGUUCCGGGACCGCUGGCGCGUCUCAUUAAUGAAUGUGUUCGAGUGUUGGCCUCUUGGCUCGCUGUGGAUGCCGCAAGAGAGGCAAGGAGGCAGACAUCCCAAACUCCUGAGCCGUCGUGGAGGGUUGUUGGGGGUGACCGGUGGUUGAAUGUAGAUGAAGGAGGCAUAGGCGGGAACAGAACAGGAGGUGGUGGUCGAGGCAAUGGCACGAGGGGCCAAUUCAUGACUCGAAGGCUUGUGAGAAUCGAACCGACAAGGCCGCUCAUAGUGGCAGGCAUGGAAGGUCAACGUCAAGGUAGAGGAGGGGGUGGUAGGGGGGAGGCAGGUGGAGUGGGUGGCGAAGUGGGCGUGGCUGCUGCAGCAGUGGUGGCAGCGGCAGCGGCGAUGGUGCCUCACUUUGUUGCGCCCGGUGGGGGGAGAACCGAUAGGAGAGCUGGAGCACUUGGUGUCCGUGCCUCUCGUGUUCCGAGAGUCAAUCUUCAGCGAUGGUUUAGAAGACGGCAACUUGAAAAUAUGGAUACGGGAGGAACAGGAGGAGCCAUUGCUGCAGGGGGUGGUGCUGUCGGAGGUGCUGCCCUUGGUGGGGACGAGGAGGCCGGAGGUGGGCCGGCUAGGGAGGGGGUUGGGUUUAUACGAAGAGUUGAACAGGCUGAUGGCGAUGGAAGUGACAUUCAUGGUGAGGGAUUGACAACAAGAGCAGCCGGUGGCAGCGGCGAUGCGUCCCCAGAGCUCAUGAUGGCAGAUGCUAGUCUGUCACCCAAGUCUCCAGAUUCACUAAGGGGCCUGUCAAAUGGUGAGAGCUCUGCGAUGGAGUGGUGGAUGGGAUCACCCUAUAUUCUGCAGGGUUCUCCAGAGGCAUCUGCUAAAGAAAUGGCAGAGAUGAGCUGUAGUGAAGAAUGGCCAGAAAUCAGGUUCAGCGUCUCUUCCCAGGAAGUGACCUUCCACAUUCCCCUGCACAGGAUGUUGUCAUUGAUGCUGCAUACUGUGAUGAAGGGAGUAUUUGGCAUUGAGGAAGGAGGCAAGGGGAGCUUUGCGAAGAGGAGGUCCAAAAAUGGCAGUGACGCAUCCCUGUUUAUCAAGGAAUUGCUGCCAACCAAGUAUCAGAAGCUGGGCUUUGCUGCUGUGCUCAUGGAACAUCCAUUGCGCAUCCAAGUAUUAUGUGCGCAGGUCGCAGCAGGCAUGUGGCGCAGGAAUGGGAUAAGCAUGGUCUACCUGGCGGACGAAUGCUACAAGAGUGUUCACUGGUGCGAGGAAAGCUUGGAAUUGGAUCUCUUUUUGCUUCAGUGCUGCGCUGUGAUCUCUUCCCCUGAAGAAUUUGUGAAGCGUGUGCAGUCAAGAUUUGGGCUUGCGGAGUACUUUGGACUGGACAGGUCACCACCCGCAGAAUAUGAGUCUUCUCUUGCGGAGGAGAUGCUUCUCCUCUUGAUUCGCAUUGUUGCCGAGAGGGCUUUCUGCGGUUUGGGUACAGCUGAGGCGGUGAGACGAGAGUUAAUCCAGAGGCUGGCAGCAGGAGAUGCCACACAUUCCAGUCUUGUUAAAGCACUUCCACCCCGUCUCCAGGGAAGCAGUCACGUACAGGAAUGUCUGGAUGCGGUUGCCUCCUAUACGAUGCCCUUGGGCAUGGAGCAGGGAAAAUAUACUCUGCGUCAGGAGUGUUGGCAGGAGCUAGAUCUGUUUCACCCAAGGUGGAGCCCACGUGAGUUGCAACUAGUCGAGGAUCGCUACCAAAGCGUGUACAAGGUGUCAGCUGCGACAACUCAGCUGCCUAAGUGGAAAGAACCAUACCCUCCAUUUGAGAAUCUUGGUCGUAUUGCUACCACUGAAUGUGUACAUGACAUUAUUCGGUCAGUUUUGCACCAUGCAGUCAUUGGGCAAUCAGACCCAGGGAGUCGCGCACCAGAGGGUGUUCUCCUUGCUGCAUUGCAACUGCUGGCACUUGGUCUUGAUGUUUGCAAGGUCAAAGGAGAUGAAGAGAGCGAGCUAGAGGACGGAAAUUGGGUGGUUCUUGGACACAAAGGCAAGGGGGCGUUUGAAUUUGAACGGGAUUCGAGUUGUAGGAGUGUUCCUCUUCUGCUGCGUGCACAUCAAAAAGCGGAGAUGGAUGAAGGGCCCAUGCAGACUCAUGGGGAGGUCCAGGACGAUUGCCCAGCGAAGACAAAGCACAGCUUGCUGUCGUUGAUGGUGGUUCUCAUGCAAAGACGGGGUGUUAGUGCUGCACGGGUAGGGCCGCAAACGAUGGAUAAUGUGGGGAAGGUGGAAGUGGGGAAGUCGGAGGUCAGUGAUUUGAUUCGAAGUCUUCUCCUUCAGUUUGCCGAUUUGGACUUGAAAUGCAGGCAGGAAAUUGCAAAGCUGGCCCCGGAUUUGGUUCCCAUGCCUGAAGGGGCACCACAGGAGGAGGAAAAACAGGAACAAGUCGACAAGAAAGUGGAUGCGGCCCCUCAAGUGCAAUUGUCGGCUGAAGACAGACGGCGAGAGAUGGCGCGGGCCUACCAAGCAGCUAUCAUGGCCAACAUGAAGAAAGAGCAAGCAAAGUUUGCAGAGACCAUGAUAUCCAUGGAGGACAGCGAUGAAGAGGAUGAUAUUGAGGAAGAUAAAGACAGCAUCAAGGGGAAGAUGAAGGGAAAGUGUCCAAUGGACUCUGACUCAAUGAGGGGGGGUGUUGAUGAACCUGCUUGUCGCAAAAGGAAGUGUACAGAGCGGGAGAGUCAGAUGGUGUGUGCGAUGUGCCGAGAGCCAGAAGGCGGGCCUAUGUCUAAGGCCCUCUGUUAUAUCACGUACAUUCAGCGCUCUCGACUGCUGGCUAUUGCAAGGGAGCCUCCGCCGUCGUGGGAGAAGGGAUAUGUGCCAAGGGGUUCUCCCGAAGAUGGACCUGGAGCGUCACCACCGAUGUCUGGAAGAUCGGGUUCUGAUGACGUUGCAAGUCUUCGCGAAUUUCAGGGAGAGUUUUUCCAACUCCUGCAUGAGGUUUUAGACGGCAGGAUUAAUACUACUGGUGGAGAGGACAAUGGACUGAGACUUGUGGAGGGCGAUGCAAUCCAUUUCUUGCAGUUGCUACAAGACGGACCGAGGGUUUUGCCUGAUGGUGUAGGAGAUGGAGCCAACCCUGAAGAUGCCAAUAGAAGAGGGGCUGUGCAUGAGGGGUUUACCAACAUUCGAAUAGGACAAAUAAGGUUUACAGCCCCCGAAGGUGGAGUUGAAGUGCAGCAAAGGCAGGCACCUGUGGAGUCUGCCAGGCAAGCGGCUGAGACUCGUCCAGAAGACGACAGUGGAGUAUCAGUGGAAGCGAUGAGUGAAUCUGGGAGUGGUGAUGUGGGUUUGGAGGAAAGUUUGUCCUGGGCAAGGGAAGGUGGUGGCGAGGAACACUGGUGCGAAAGGAGGGACAUUUUAGAGCGGGAUGCUAGUGAUGAUCUCCAAGGAGAACACGACAUUCAGUCUGUCUUGGAGGAGUAUGUGAGGGUGUCAGGAUUGGUGGCACAGGAGAGGGAGAGAGAGCGGGAGCAGGAGAGGAGGGCAGACUCAGCCGAAUCAGAAGGGAGGGAAGGGUGGGGAGGAAGUGGAAGGUUGUUUGCUGGUAGAUUCAGGCUUGGUGCCAGGACCUGGGGGAGGUUUGGUGCUGCGACUGUUAGCGAAGGAGGAAGCGAGGGAAGUGGCAAUGGGUCUGAUACGGGCAGUAGCCAGGUGCGGUCGAUGGUGGGUCUGCAUGUCUCAACUUGUGGACACGGAAUUCAUUCAGAGUGCCUGGAACGCUACUUCUCCUCCCUUCUCGACAGAUAUCGUACAAGAAUGCCAUACGAAGCCGCACAUCUUGUCGACCCCGAAGCGGGUGAGUUUCUCUGCCCAAUGUGCCGACGGGUAGGGAACAGCUUUUUGCCGAUUUUCUGGACGUUAUGGAGAGGGCAUGUGGCCAAAAACAGUGUGGAUGACAGCUUGCAGAGUGGACGGCAUGUUGAUGCUGGGCUAGCUGGGCGCCAGAGCUCGGCAGAAGGGGGAGUGCGGAGUGAUGUUGAUUCGAGGGCAGCAUCCCCGAGUCCGAACCAGGUUUUUGGGUCUACUGAGUUGGUGAUGGAAUCCAGCCGGACAAGCACAGAGGGAGGUGAUGGCCAGAGUAGGGUGGGAGCGGAGUUGCAGCGUGCAUUGAUGUUACUGCUACAUUCAGAAGACUCUGUACGGCAUGGAGCCAAGUAUCAGAAAGCAUCAGGGGUACAGAUGCCUCCGAAAUUGCGUCACCCACUGGAUGUUUUUGCUUCUCGGCUCGGUGUCCUUGCAAGGCAGGAUAAAUUGAGAUGGGGUGUCGGGCCACAGCACAUCAGAGAUCAUCUUGGGCUGGCAAUAUGGGAGACCUUGGCAUACACGAUCGCGUCGAAUGAGUUGUCAGUGAGGCCGAGGGAAGGGGCGGAGAUUGUUGCCGAGGCUGGGGGCGCUGAGUCAUCCGUUGGCCGAGGCUCUGCUUCAGCUGGACAGGGGUCCAGUGCAGGUGGAGCAAACGGCACUGGUGCACCUGGCAGUUCUUGGCUGCCCCUGGUUGGGCCUUCAGUUAGCAUUGCAGCUAGGCUUGGCGCUUUGUUUUCUCUCCUGUCAGAAGAAAAAGGCGCUAUCCUGCCGGCUUUGCUUGAAGCAGCACAGGCUAAGAAAGGUCAUAAUCGGCGAGAGAAUCUUCUCAGGGCAAGGGGCCUGCAGAUGCUCACCGGAGCAAUUGUCUGGGGAAGAUCAAGGGAUACUACUAAGAGAAAAUCGGCUGCGGGAGUUGACAUGCCAGGACCAAGUCCAAUGGAUCAAUACUUAGAGACACACAAAGACGACGAGGAUGUGCGGUUUUGGAAAAAGACGGCUAACCCGGCAUUACUGGAAGAUCCAUUUUUCACUCUUGUCCGAGUGAUUUUCUGCCUUCCUGUACAUACACCAUCUUCAAGUUCGCAGUUCAAAAGUCUCGUUUUUCUUUUGUAUCUUGUUUGUCUUACACAGAUAAUCGCACACAAUUCGCAGGUGAUUUCGUCAUCUUCCCAAGAGUUCUCUCCUAGCGCCCGUAGUUUCGUUGCUGCUGCCAACUUAGGUCCGUUUGCGUCGUGCUUGGGAGGAGGGGAGACUCAGCAGCCUUUGGCUCCCUGUGACGAAAGCGUGACAGCCCUGAUUCGCCGAAUGACACUGCCAUUUCUGCGGAGGUGCGCGUUAUUGCAGCAGCUACUGUUUGGAGAUGUUUCUGCGUUUUCCGACGUUGUGUCAUCGCCCAUGUCGAUGAACGCUGUUGAGAAUACCGUUGGAGGGCUGGGUUCCCGAUCAGCGUUCGGUGUCUCUGAUGAAGGGGGCCAAGGAGCCAGUCAUGCGGGGCCAUCGGGUGGUGAAAGCAGUUCGUCGGGCACAUCGUCCAUGGAAAGUAAGGUGAGGUGGGUAGACAAUGCUCAACAGCUUGGGGCAUUGUCUAGACCGUCUUCCAGUGGAGAGGCAUCAUGUAGUGGAACUGCAGAGCGUAUGGGCAGGUACGACCUGGCCGCAGAAAUGGAGGAGAUAUCCAUUCUGGAACGGGAGUUCGGUUUGCCUGACAUUAGCAGUGUGCUUGGAGACGACACGGCUAGGGUAGUGGUACGGCGAUGGUGUCGACAUGUCGCCGGCAUUGCUCCCGACUUUCCUGGUAGAAGCAUCGACUAUAUCCCAAGGCCAACUUUGUCGUUGCCGUUCCGGCUAAUGCCUUUGCCGAGUGUGUAUGAAGUGCUUUUCCGGAGGUAUGUUACAGAAAAAUGCCCAAGAUGCUGCACGGUUCCAGACAGGCCUGCUCUCUGCCUGUUUUGUGGCAGGCUUUGCUGCAGUUACCGCCAUAAUCAGAGGAGUUGUUGUAUUGUUAAAGGGCUGGGAGAGUGCUACCGACAUGCGAAAGAGUGCGGCGCAGGCGUCGGGGUAUACCUACUGUUGCGGGAAACCCAAAUAUUUUUGAUGCGGGGGGAUCGCAAUGCCAUUUGGGGAUCUCCGUAUUUAGAUGCCUAUGGAGAGGAGGAUGUAGAGUUGAAACGGGGAAAGCCUCUAUACCUUUCAGAAGCUCGCUAUCUGACCCUAACGAUGAUGGUCGCAUCACAUGGUCUGGACCAUAACUCCUUUGUGCUGUCAAGGACGAGACGAAGAGACGGCCAUAUCUAUUAGCAAAAGAUGCAGCGGGGAGGUAAAUCAGAGUGCUGCCCGCCUCCACGUCCUGUGCACAUGUGGUCCCGGACCGAGCACGGUGGUGAGAGUACGGAGGCCAAAAAUGUGGGUCAUAUAACGCAGAUCGAGUCACCGCGAAUGUGUCCGACAGAACAGAGAUCGGGCGUGCAGCUGUGUGCUGUUUAUGCAGACGACACAGCUGAGCUGCUGCAUACUACGAAAGAGAACCUGCCGCCUCUACACUCUGACAGAGAGAAAAAGCCGCCACCUCUUCGUGGCCGCCGCCUGUGGCCUCCUGACCACAGAGAAUUUUAAAUUGGAGGCCAGUUUUUUCAGGAAUGGAAAGUUGCGGGCAGAGUCUGUGAUCGAUUGCUGAUAAUUUCCCUCAUAAUUCCCCAAGGCUUCAGAGUGUUUCUCUCAGGUGCCCGGUCAUCUAUCUGGAUAUUCAAGUGAUUGAUUGUCAAGUGUUCCCUCCGAUUGCAUUGCAGUUCUGGUUUUCCGUUUCCUAUCCAGUGUAACUAAGUACGCGCAUGCAAAGGUGGAUUGAUUUACCUAAGUACGCGCGUGCAAAGGUGGAUUGAUUUACGAUUUACAAAUAUGGCCCACGAAGUUGAUGGAGACGAGGAGGAGGAAGAGGAAGAGCAAGGACAGGAAUGCUGACAUACGAGUUG